AUGAUUUACCUGCUCGUUCGAUUCGUCAAUCGGCACAAGAGAAAAGUUAAUACCCGACAAGACUUCGAGCCGAGGCUUCUCGACCCCGAAAGCGGUCGCGAGUCUCGUCUAUCGCAUCGACUUUCCCGGCAGCAAGAGCAGCGAGAAGAUCUAUUGCAACACUACUCAUCAGUAUCACGGCCACCAUCUAUCGAACUUCUUCCCGAGAUCAAGACUAGUUCCAGUGAUGACAGAGCAAGUGAGUGGCUGGAACAGGGUGUCGCUGAUAAGGGGUUCGAUGUGGUUGACGGGGACCUUGGAGAAAAGAAGCCCGAGAUGCGACAAGUUGCAGUCAUGAAACCGAAGAAACACCUGAGGUGGGAAUGUACAGACGAAAACAUGGAUGGUCGUGACAGAACGCCCAGCGUAGCCGAAAAUACAAAAUAUGACGGAACAGUAUGUACGAAAUACCAGUCGGAGAAGGCACUCGAUGUUGCUGUUUGA